AUGCGAAGACUUAGCGCGUAUCGUUCGUGGUUGUUCAUUGUUUUUAUAUUUAUCGUGGUCGCCGUUCAGAUUUCGCUCAAUAUAUUGCUGUCAUACUGCGGAGAACGAUUGCAAAACGUUCGCGAAAGUAAGCGGGAAAUUGACACAAAACAUACGGAUGCUUUACGCAGGGUAUACACGGAACGGCUUCGAGCAACGCAGCGUACAAUAACCGCUUUAAAAGUUCAAUUAAAACAGGCGACGACCAAAGAAAGCCAACGAGAAACCUCUACAGAAAUUCACAUCCUCAGGAAGCAGAAUGCACGAUUGACUUCACAAGUGAAAAAAUACGAAAAGCUACAGAAAAUUGUCAAUGCGCAGGAAUUUAGUAAACUUAAAUCCGAGGCAUCGAAGUUAGAUUUCUUAAGGGGUGAUACUCCCUACAACGAACUUGCUGUUGUUCCAUUCGAUAGCUUUACACACGCUGGUAUAUUUAGUAUCCUCAAAGAUGGACUUGUUGACCGUCCGGCGAGGAGGCCCAUUGGAACACGUAUCAAAGAACACGAGGAAAUAUUAAAUUUCGCUCUGCGUGUUUUGAAAGACGAGCUUCCGGGCCAGCAAAAAAUCGAACGCUAUAAUUUAGCCAAUGGGAUCAGUAGAUUAAAUCGUAUUACAGGAAUGGCGUAUGAUCUCAUUUUCACAGCGAAGCCGAAUCAAUAUCAUAGAGUUAAAAUUCAACGUCCGUUUUCAAACUUAGAACUUGUAGGCAAUGUCGAGACUUUAGAUACCUCGCAAGAGAUUAUAAAUCUAAUACUACCCCUCUCUGGACGAACGGAUAAUUUUGAAAUAUUUUUGAAACGUUUUGGAAACAUUUGCGUUCGCUGGGACGGCAAGGUUUAUUUAACCGUGGUCUAUUUUGGCAAGAAAGGCCGCGAAAAAGUGAAACAUUUGCUUUCGGAGUUUGAAGACAGGGAGAAAUUUAACAAUUAUAAACUUAUUUUUGAAGACGGAGCAUUUUCGCGUGGUGUCGGGCUUCAAAAAGGCGUCCUUUCUUGGGAAAAGGGAAAUAAUAUCAUGUUCUUUUGUGAUGUGGAUGUGUUCUUUACACCGGAUUUUGUAGAAAGAUGUCGCUUCUACACUGAACCUGGGCAAAUGGUGUAUUAUCCUAUUGUCUUCAGUUUAUAUAACCCUGAGAUUGUCUACAAUGGUAACCCUCUUGAAAUUGAGCAGCAGCUUCAUAUUGGAAAAUACAACGGCUUUUGGCGGGAUUUUGGAUUCGGGAUGACUUGCGUGUAUAAAAAUGAUUUUGUGGCAACUAAAGGAUUCGACACCUCGAUUCACGGUUGGGGAACGGAAGAUCUGAAACUUUAUAGAAAAUUUUUAAAGACUAACUUAGCUGUCGUAAGAGCUACGGAUAGAGGGAUAUUCCAUAUGUAUCAUCAGAAAAAAUGCGACUCUUCUUUACCAAGCGAACAAUAUCUUUCCUGUCUUCAUAGCAAAGCCGUUACCGAAGCCUCGCAUAGGCAAAUGGGAAUGUUAGCCUUUGGUAAUAGACUCUUUUCUAAUCUGGCACCAGACUGGAAAACAAAACUCGAAUAUCAACCCGAUUUUUCGCUAAGGGACUCGAAAACUAAGAACAAAAGAGCCAUGAGUCUUUGGACAAGAGCAGAUGAGUUGGACAUUGAAAUUUUGGAAGUGAAACAGUUACACAGUCGACUUACAGCUGCCAUGAAUUUUACGGUAUUUGGUAGCGAGGUUUUUGACACGAAAAAGGUCAAUGUGAGCGCAUUAAGAGAGUUGCAGUUCCGACUUGGGAAUGUAACACAGGUAGUUAGGAAACUGGCGCUUGCUAUUAGUAAGAAUUCUACGAACCAUGGGUAA